CCUGCUGCCGCAUGACGUCACGACAUACCAGGAAGCUGCCGCUCCGCUCACGCUCGCUCACUGAGAUCCGAGGGAAAACCGCAGGAUCCGGAGGAGAAUCCACGCGACCACGGAGAGAGAGGGACACGCAAACUCCAAAUAUACAGGCAUAAUACAGCUGACGCUUCCUCUGCAGAAUUGGUCUGAUGGAGGAAAGGUGCUCAGCGCAGCUCGGUACAAAAAGGCAACAAUGCGACCAGUGUGCAUACAGCACGGAUCGUUCUGGACAUUUGACACGGCACCAGAGAACUCACACAGGAGAGAAACCCUUCAAGUGCACUGUGUGUGAAAAGUCAUUUGCAUGGUCAUCAGGUCUUCAAUGCCACCAGAGAACACACACAGGAGAUAAACUUUUCAGGUGCACUCUGUGCGGGAAGGCGUUUGCACAAUCAUCACAUCUUCAAAUACACCAGAGAACACACACGGGAGAGAAACCCUUCAAGUGCAGUGUGUGUGGGAAGGCGUUUUCACAGUCAUCUGGUCUUGUAUUACACCAAAGAACACACACGGGAGAGAAACCCUUCAGGUGCACUUUGUGCGGGAAGGCGUUUUCACAGUCAUCUGGUAUUUUAUUACACCAGAGAACACACACAGGAGAGAAACCCUUCAAGUGCAGUCUGUGCGGGAAGGCGUUUUCACAGUCAUCUAGUCUUGUAUUACACCAGAGAACACACACGGGAGAGAAACCCUUCAGGUGCACUGUGUGCGGGAAGGCGUUUGCAGGUUUAUCAAAUCUUAAAAUACACCAGAGGACAUACAAGCAUCAGACUAUUCCCAAGGAGUGGAGUCUGAAAUCAGCUUGUAAAAGUCAAAGUGCUGCAAUGAGUCCAUCCCUCAUGAAACCAGAACUAAAUCCCAGCAUGGACACUUUUAAAGGUAUCAAGGUGAAAUGUGAAGCGGCGAAGGUGAAAUGUGAAGAAGUGAUGAAGAGCGAAGAAGUGAAGGUGAAAUGUGAAAAAGUGGUGGUGAAGAGCGAAAAAGUGACAGCAAACUGUGAAGAUGAAGAUUCAACUCAAAAAUCGGACCUUCACAUCGAUGGAGGCAACGUGAAGCAGGAGGAGAAUUCUGACUGUAGCAAGCCAGUGGUGCGACCCCAGAGCCGCGAGGGCCGAUGUCCUUCUAAGGGCUGGACUCAUGUGGCUGGUGGUCGAGACCUGUGCCGAAGCUGGGCCAGAGGCGCAGUUCUGGAACUGGCGAUGGCAGCAUACCCCGAGACGGAGCCGGAUUUGUUGGAGCCCCUUGUGUUGGGCAAGAUGCUGGAAUUGUCUAGAGACCUGGGGAUCCCCAUGCCGGUGUGCAGCCAUGAUAAAUUGACGUCCCGUGCUGCGGCUAAGUGCUUGGACGCUCAAUUUAAUUUCCGACGCUGGAAGCAGGUGUCAGCUUGGACGGGGGGCCCCAUCGUUGAAGGCGGUGCUACGGGGUGGGAUCCUAAGAAGGCGGUCUACGUUCCUGACGACAAGGGUCCGCAGGAGUUAACGGCCGCCUCCGCCCAGUGGCCUGCUCGGGGGGGAACAGGGCCGAGGUCCGGCCCGCCGGCGAGGGAGCGUCGGGACAGUGGGGGUGCCGCGCGUCGGAACGACGUGGAGUGUUUCCGCUGCGGCUGUAAGGGCCACUUUGCCAGGGACUGUUGGGCUCGCAUCCCGGGGCCGCCCCAGCAGGAGGCCUCGACCACGGACGUCGCGCGAAAAGACCAGCCAGGACAGCUACCCCCUCGGCCUGUCGUGUCAGCUGUCGAGGUGCCUGGGGCUCCGGUGUGCCCAGGACCGGCCGAUGGGGUUCUGAACCUGCCGCGCUCGACGGAUGGCAUGGUGGAACGGCUUAAUCGGACGCUGUCGGCCAUGCUAUGUCACACGGUUGACGAGAAACAAGCUGAUUGGGACUUGCAUAUACCUGGGGUACUCUCCGCGUAUCGGAUGACGCCUCAUGCGUCCACAGGGUAUUCUCCAUUUUUUCUAAUGUACGGCCGCGAGAAUGUGCCGCCGGUGGAAGUACAGCUGGACGAACCAGCCGUGACGCAGGUGGAUGUGGCGAAUCCUGCUCUGGGUGGGCCUACCACGGUGACGGGGCCACUUGACCCCGCUGCCCCUCCAACCCCAUCACAGACACGGUUGCCAGAGACCCCGGACUUGGGUCUCUCUGGGGAACGGGACCUUGGCGUUGACGGGCCUCCAACAGCGGCGGGCGGUUCUACUCCCGUCGAUCUUAAAACCCCAUCGCGUUCUCGCCAAGCCCUGGACUCUCUUGCCUUGGAGCAACUUCUCUCCGUGGAUCUGGAGUUGGGGGUCACCUUCACAGUGACAGAGGACGACAACAUCACCUCUCUACAAGUGGCCCGUGGCAUGCAGACACACCUUGACCUCAACGACUGGCCGGCGGGGCCGGACGCAGACGCGCUCGGGGGUGCCUCCUUUGACCGUGGGUUGGAGGAGAGGGAUGCCACUCAGCUCCGGUUCAGCCCCGCGGAGGAGCAGGUGCGCCUGGCUGUUGACGAGAUGCUAGCAGCAGACAUCGCUCCGUCGAACAGCCCGUGGGGAGCACCCAUUGUCCUAGUCAAGAAGCACCGGGUGCUGCGGGUCGCCCCUCCAUCGUACUGCGGGAAGGAUUCCUCAUGCGGCGCGCACUGCUGCCCGAGGGCAACCGAGGGCAGGCAGGUGCGCGUGUGCAAUUGCAGAAUUGGUCUGAUGGAGCAACGACCCUCAGCGCAGUUUGGUACAAAAAUGCAACAAUGCGACCAGUGUGCAUACAGCACGGAUCGUCCUGGACAUUUGACACAGCACCAGAGAACUCACACAGGAGAGAAACCCUUAAAGUGCACUUUGUGUGAAAAGUCAUUUGCAUGGCCAUCAGUUCUUCAGAGCCACCAGAGAACACACACGGGAGAGAAACCCUUCAGGUGCACUCUGUGCGGGAAGGCGUUUGCCGAGUCAUCACAUCUUAAACUACACCAGAGAACACACACGGGAGAGAAACCCUUCAAGUGCAGUGUGUGUGGGAAGGCAUUUUCAGAUUCAUCUGCUCUUAAAAAACACCGGAGAACACACACAGGAGAGAAACCCUUCAAGUGCAGUCUGUGCGGGAAGGUGUUUUCACAGUCAUCUGGUCUUGUAUUGCACCAGAGAACACACACGGGAGAGAAACCCUUCAAGUGCAGUCUGUGCGGGAAGGCGUUUGCAGUGUCAUCACAUCUUAAACAACACCAGAUAACACACACAAAAGAGAAACCUUUCAAGUGCACUGUCUGUGAGAAGUCAUUUGCAUGGUCAUCAGGUCUUAAUUGCCACCAGAGAACACACACGGGAGAGAAACCCUUCAAGUGCACUCUGUGCGGGAAGGCGUUUGCUGAGUCAUCGCAUCUUAAACUACAUCAGAGAACACACACGGGAGAGAAACCCUUCAGGUGCACUGUGUGCGGGAAAGCAUUUGCAGGUUUAUCAAAUCUUAACAGACACCAGAGGACUCACACAGGAGAGAAACCCUUCAGGUGCACUCUGUGCGGGAAGGCGUUUGCCGAGUCAUCACAUCUUAAACUACACCAGAGAACACACACGGGAGAGAAACCCUUCAAGUGCAGUGUGUGUGGGAAGGCAUUUUCAAAUUCAUCUGCUCUUAAAAGACACCGGAGAACACACACAGGAGAGAAACCCUUCAAGUGCAGUCUGUGCGGGAAGGUGUUUUCACAGUCAUCUGGUCUUGUAUUGCACCAGAGAACACACACGGGAGAGAAACCCUUCAAGUGCAGUCUGUGCGGGAAGGCGUUUGCAGUGUCAUCACAUCUUAAACAACACCAGAUAACACACACAAAAGAGAAACCUUUCAAGUGCACUGUCUGUGAGAAGUCAUUUGCAUGGUCAUCAGGUCUUAAUUGCCACCAGAGAACACACACGGGAGAGAAACCCUUCAGGUGCACUGUGUGCGGGAAAGCAUUUGCAGGUUUAUCAAAUCUUAACAGACACCAGAGGACAUACAAUCAUCAGAAGAUCCCCAAGGAGUGGAGUCUGAAAUCGGCUUGUGAAAGUCAAAGUGCUGCAAUGAGCCCAUCCCUCAUGAAACCAGAACUAAAUCCCAGCAUGGACACUUUUAAAGGUAUCAAGGUGAAAUGUGAAGAGGCGAAGGUGAAAUGUGAAGAAGUGAUGAGCGAAGAAGUGAAGGUGAAAUGUGAAAAAGUGAUGGUGAAGAGCGAAAAAGUGACAGUAAACUGUGAAGAUGAAGAUUCAACUCCAAAAUCGGACCUUCACAUCGAUGGGGGCAACGUGAAGCAGGAGGAGAAUUCUGACUGUGAGUCAGAGCGAGGCACCUCCCAACAGUUUGUGGAAGUGGAGGUGUGGGUGGACUUCUUAGACAAUGCAAAGUCAAAUGGAGACCCGGUAGAUCUCUGCAGAAUUGGUCUGAUGGAGCAAAGGCACUCAGCGCAGUUUGGUACAAAAAUGCAACAAUGCGACCAGUGUGCAUACAGCACGGAUCGUCCUGGACAUUUCACACAGCACCAGAGAACUCACACAGGAGAGAAACCCUUCAGGUGCACUCUGUGCGGGAAGGCGUUUGCCGAGUCAUCACAUCUUAAACUACACCAGAGAACACACACGGGAGAGAAACCCUUCAAGUGCAGUGUGUGUGGGAAGGCAUUUUCAAAUUCAUCUGCUCUUAAAAGACACCGGAGAACACACACAGGAGAGAAACCCUUCAAGUGCAGUCUGUGCGGGAAGGUGUUUUCACAGUCAUCUGGUCUUGUAUUGCACCAGAGAACACACACGGGAGAGAAACCCUUCAAGUGCAGUCUGUGCGGGAAGGCGUUUGCAGUGUCAUCACAUCUUAAACAACACCAGAUAACACACACAAAAGAGAAACCUUUCAAGUGCACUGUCUGUGAGAAGUCAUUUGCAUGGUCAUCAGGUCUUAAUUGCCACCAGAGAACACACACGGGAGAGAAACCCUUCAGGUGCACUGUGUGCGGGAAAGCAUUUGCAGGUUUAUCAAAUCUUAACAGACACCAGAGGACAUACAAUCAUCAGAAGAUCCCCAAGGAGUGGAGUCUGAAAUCGGCUUGUGAAAGUCAAAGUGCUGCAAUGAGCCCAUCCCUCAUGAAACCAGAACUAAAUCCCAGCAUGGACACUUUUAAAGGUAUCAAGGUGAAAUGUGAAGAGGCGAAGGUGAAAUGUGAAGAAGUGAUGAGCGAAGAAGUGAAGGUGAAAUGUGAAAAAGUGAUGGUGAAGAGCGAAAAAGUGACAGUAAACUGUGAAGAUGAAGAUUCAACUCCAAAAUCGGACCUUCACAUCGAUGGGGGCAACGUGAAGCAGGAGGAGAAUUCUGACUGUGAGUCAGAGCGAGGCACCUCCCAACAGUUUGUGGAAGUGGAGGUGUGGGUGGACUUCUUAGACAAUGCAAAGUCAAAUGGAGACCCGGUAGAUCUCUGCAGAAUUGGUCUGAUGGAGCAAAGGCACUCAGCGCAGUUUGGUACAAAAAUGCAACAAUGCGACCAGUGUGCAUACAGCACGGAUCGUCCUGGACAUUUCACACAGCACCAGAGAACUCACACAGGAGAGAAACCCUUCAGGUGCACUCUGUGCGGGAAGGCGUUUGCCGAGUCAUCACAUCUUAAACUACACCAGAGAACACACACGGGAGAGAAACCCUUCAAGUGCAGUGUGUGUGGGAAGGCAUUUUCAAAUUCAUCUGCUCUUAAAAGACACCGGAGAACACACACAGGAGAGAAACCCUUCAAGUGCAGUCUGUGCGGGAAGGUGUUUUCACAGUCAUCUGGUCUUGUAUUGCACCAGAGAACACACACGGGAGAGAAACCCUUCAAGUGCAGUCUGUGCGGGAAGGCGUUUGCAGUGUCAUCACAUCUUAAACAACACCAGAUAACACACACAAAAGAGAAACCUUUCAAGUGCACUGUCUGUGAGAAGUCAUUUGCAUGGUCAUCAGGUCUUAAUUGCCACCAGAGAACACACACGGGAGAGAAACCCUUCAGGUGCACUGUGUGCGGGAAAGCAUUUGCAGGUUUAUCAAAUCUUAACAGACACCAGAGGACAUACAAUCAUCAGAAGAUCCCCAAGGAGUGGAGUCUGAAAUCGGCUUGUGAAAGUCAAAGUGCUGCAAUGAGCCCAUCCCUCAUGAAACCAGAACUAAAUCCCAGCAUGGACACUUUUAAAGGUAUCAAGGUGAAAUGUGAAGAGGCGAAGGUGAAAUGUGAAGAAGUGAUGAGCGAAGAAGUGAAGGUGAAAUGUGAAAAAGUGAUGGUGAAGAGCGAAAAAGUGACAGUAAACUGUGAAGAUGAAGAUUCAACUCCAAAAUCGGACCUUCACAUCGAUGGGGGCAACGUGAAGCAGGAGGAGAAUUCUGACUGUGAGUCAGAGCGAGGCACCUCCCAACAGUUUGUGGAAGUGGAGGUGUGGGUGGACUUCUUAGACAAUGCAAAGUCAAAUGGAGACCCGGUAGAUGUGUAAGCUUAAUGAAGCUCCAAUAGAUUCACCUUUGUCACAGGCCUUUAAUGAAAAUGAACGUGAAGUCGAACACUCAAUUCCUGGGUUCAGCCUGCAGAAUAAGAGCGGCGAGUAUUUGUUGACCUGUGGGUUGGGUAGAUGAAUAAUCAGGAUCAAGAGACAAUAUGCUCCCAAGUAUUCCACUGUUAUAUUUAUAUUUGCAUUGAUAUGGUGCUUGCUUUAUUGCCUUAGCAACUCAGGUUGUUUCAUGUCUCAUCACAGACACUCGAAGAGCACCUUCAAGUGGCAGCUGCCUCUGUGUGAUAAGGUGACCCUGCUUGAGCCUGCAUGUGGGCAUGAGUCUGUCAGUAGGGAGUGAUGAUCGAUGUGUAAUCUCCAUUAUGUAAUUUCUGGAUAAUGUUUGGAAUUAUCCAAAUAUUGACCAUGACCCCAACAUGCAAUGACCUAUGCGUUUUGAAUGACAAUAGUAUGUUUUACAUCCACUGUUAAGCAGACGGUGCAUAUUUGGUUUAAUGUUACUGGAGUAGCCAGGGGUGCCUGUCGGAUUUGAGCCUUGAACCUCUGUAAUAAAUAGAGAAUGUGCUA